GAUAGGCCUCAUAUUGUUGUUUUCAGAGUUGUUGUUUCCAUUUUAUUGUUCAUAAUUAUCUAUCAAUCGGUGAUACCAAUAAGAAAAAGUACACUUGGAGAUCAUUUGUAUAGAUUGUUUUUACUAUUUUCUAAUGAAAAUAGGGACAAACAAUUAAUUGAAUAAUAAGUUUUGAUCCGAUCCAAAAUAUCAUCUCUUUAAAGCCUAGAAAAAAGAUUGGGACGAGAAGAGAACGUUAUAGUAGUAGUUUAUAUAAUAUGGCAAGAACAUCAUCUCCUUCAUCAACAUUUGCAAUUCUACCACCAACAUCUGUAUUUGGAACUAAUAGUCAGUCUACAAUAUACAACAAUAAUAUGAUCAUCAAUAAUCCUAAUUCAUCAUCCUUCCAACAAAAUUAUCAACAAUUUCCUUCUCAAUUCUAUCAUCAUAUACCACCAUCACAUCAACAACAACAUCAAUACAGUAACAAUGGUGGAUCAAAUUUAUUGCUUUCUAAUAGUAACGUACUUACUACAGCACCAAAUAAUAAUAAUUAUAUAACACCUCACUCUAUGAAUAACAGUAACAAUAUAUCCAAUAAUUUAAAUUCUAUCCCUUUAGUCAACACUUCCAAUAUUCAAUAUGAUAAAUCAAUACCAUCAACAUAUCAACAACAUUCUAUAGUAAAUAAUUCGAUACCAAAUCAUGAUGGUCUUAUCAUUCCGAGUCAGUUACAAAAUGUUCCUCCCUAUUCCAACUCUCAAGUUAGUGUUUCUCUUUAUUCCGAUUUAGCUUCUUCGACUUAUCAACAACCAAAUACUCCAAAUAUCUAUCAACAUAGAAAUAGCAAUAAUAAUAAUCGUGAUAUUGUCACUUCUAUACUGACUCUUUCAGAUGUUGAACAAUCUAUUCCAUCUUCAAAAUACUAUCAACAACCUCAAAAUAAUAGAUCUUCGACGCAUCAAUCAUUAUUCUAUUCCAAUUUUACAAAUGGUGGAAGUAUAAAUAAUUUGAAUUCACAAAACUCAAUACCUUCAGGUAGUAGUAACGCAGAUGUGAUUAUGAGAAAUAGUAACUCCUCAAAUGGAGGUUUAAUUAUGAAUCAGACACCAAACAUUCAAAAUAAUAGCUAUUCGAGUAACACAAACAAAAUUCUAUUGAAACCUAAAGUAAUUAAUCAAAGAUCCGAUGCACAUUACCAAAAAGUUUUGGCAACACCAACAUCAACACUCAUCGACAACACUUUAUCUCAAAAGAGAAAGGAAUCGAAUACUAUCAAAUUAUCAGUUAACGUCUUGAAAACAUACAAAACUAUUAAUGACAUUUACUAUACUAGAAAACAAGAGGAAAGAAGAUUGAGACAUUUAAAAAAUGGAAAAUCAUCUCAAUCAACACCAUCAUCAAAACAAAGAAAAACCUAUUCAUCAAGUCAAUAUGUGGAUCCACAAAAGAAUGGAUAUCCAUCUCAAACGUUACCAAAUAUUGGAAGCACUCAAUUGACAACAAGCCUUUAUCAAAGUAAUCCAUACCCUGAAGUUGCUAAUAACCCAAAUUACCAACAAGACAUUCCUUCUCAACAACAAUAUAGUCAACCAUUAAUGUAUAGCUCAUCGAAUUUCAGUAAUAACCCAGUACAAUUGUAUAACUACCAACCAACAAACACAUAUAACCCUCCACAGUAUAACAACAAUUCACUAAUGCAUUCCCAAAUAUUACAACCUCCACCUCCAUAUACUCAACAAGAACAAUAUCCAAAGAAUCAAGUACCUAACAUUGCUUCAAAUAAUUCUAAUAAUCAGAAUUUCUACCAACAACCUAUUAAUGUACCUCAACCAUCUGUAAGUCAAAGUUCUUCAGACUCUCAAGGAAAUUAUAUUGUUAAAUUGAGUGAACUGAUCAAUGAAAGGUAUUUAGUCGAAGAAAUUAUGGGUAAAGGAUCUUUUGGAAUUGUUGUAAAAGCAUAUGACUGCGUCAAUGAUGAAAGUGUGGCAGUUAAAAUUAUCAAAAAUAAGCCACAAUUUCAUAGCCAAGCCCAAAUAGAGAUUGGGUUGUUGAAAGACUUGAACUCAAAAGAUACUGAUGGUAAGAACAAUAUUGUAAGGAUGAAACACUAUUUUGCAUGGAAGAACCAUCUUUGCAUUGUUUUUGAGCUUCUUUCGAUGAAUCUUUACGAUUUGUUAAAAGCAACAAACUUUAAUGGAAUAUCUUUAUUGAGAAUCUAUAGAUUUGGAAAAGAAUUACUUCGUACAUUGUGCUUCCUUUCAAGACCAGAUGUACAAGUUAUUCAUUGUGAUUUAAAACCUGAAAAUAUUUUGUUGAAAAAUUCAAAGAAAACGAGUAUCAAAGUUAUAGAUUUUGGAAGUUCUUGUUACGUAAAUAACAAGAUGUAUAAAUAUAUUCAAAGUAGAUUUUAUAGAUCGCCUGAGGUAAUAUUGGGGUUACCUUAUGGAACAGAAAUUGAUAUGUGGAGUUAUGGGUGUAUUCUUGUUGAAUUGCACACAGGUAAUCCAUUAUUUGAUGGAAAAAAUGAAGCUGAUCAGAUAUUCAAAAUUAUUCAGUUAUUAGGAAUGCCACCAAGAAAAAUGAUUGAACAAUCUCCAAAGAAGGACAAAUUCUUCAAGUUUAAUUCCUCUAUAGGACAAUACGAACCUCUUGAUUCAACAAUUGUACCAUCCUCAAUUUCACUUUAUGAUAUUAUUAUUAAUAUUUCACCAAAGAGACAUGUUUCACCAUACUCUUGCCCAUUUGAAACAUUUGAGAAUUACCUUAAACUUUACAAUGUUGUCACCAAGAUUCUCCACUAUGAUCCUCAACAAAGAUUAAAACCAGCAGAAACUUUACAAGAAGAAUUUUUCAAAAUUAAUGAGGUGGCACAUAAUGUAAUGCAAGUUCAAGGCUCUGCAAAUCAAUCCAAUUUUGCAUCAUCCUCAACAGUUCCAACAUUGAAUGGUGGUCCACAAUCGUUUUCAAACCCCUUUAUGUAUGUUUCACAAGUUAAUCUCCCAGUCCAAAAUAACGGAGGAUUUUCCAUUCAGCCGAUUAAUGGUGGUGGCUAUAAUCCGUCUGGUUAUGCUCCAUCUCUCCCAACUCAAACACCAUCCUCUUCGUCAGCUCAUCAAUUUUUACCUACUCCACAAUCAAUGUAUAGAACUUCUGGUAACUCCUCAAUGAUUCCCUUAACAUCAAGCAUGAUGAGUACAAACAGUUCCUCAAUUAUGAAUAAUGGAUAUGUUAUUACGAAUGGCAAUAAUAACAGCGGUGUUCUUAUCAAUCAUAAUAACAACAGUAAUAAUAAUAUGGCCACAGACUAUCAGUUGUAAUAAUUCCAACUUGAUAGUCUGAAAGACAUUCCGAUAGGAUUGCACCAAGUAAAUAAAUGCCGAAUAUUAGUGCC